UGGACUCGUCGUCGACAGGCGGCCACAUGGCACGGGAGAGUGAAUUAUCAGGUCGAUAGACCCGGAAUGAUGAAUGGACUUGACGUCGGGGCCACUUAGUUGUCUAUAAAUAUGCUCGACAGCCUGCUAACAGUUAGACUUAAAAGGACUACUUCCCAGUGAGAGCUUAUCUUGCGUUCAACCCACCCCUCUCCUCUGCGAAGCUUAAUCUGGCCUUACGAACGUCUUCUUCUUUCACUUGUGUUCAGGCGGCAACCAUACAACAUACAUACUAGUAACACACAAUGGACCGAAGUGCCACCAGCGGAAACAAUGGCUCUGGCCGUGCCACUAAUGGCACACAUUCUGAUUUACCGGACCUGGCUACAUACCAAGCCCAAUGGGCCAAAAUCCAUGAUGAUACUGUGCGCCAGAUCAACGAAGCUUUAGAACAAGAGAAGAAACGCAUAACCAACCGACCAAAGCAAUCUUCUUCAAGCUAGCAAUGAAUAAUGAGCUUCCGGAGAAAUG